AUGGCGGAGCUGCCGUCCGGGUGGCUGCAGAUCGCCAGCGCGCCGACAGCCGUGCCGGCUACGAACGAGCUCGAGGAGACGGCGGAGCUGCCGUCCGGGUGGCUGCAGAUCGCCACCACCUCCUCCGCAACCAAGAGAAAGCGCCGGCGAGCUGGGACACCAGACCCCGGCGCGGAGGUGGUGGCGCUCUCGCCGCGGGCGCUGCUGGAACCGAAGACGUACGCGUGCGAGGCCUGCGACCAGGGGUUCCUGCGGGAGGCGAAACUGCAGACGCACCGGCGGUGGCACCGCGUGCCGUGGGAGCAGCCGCCGAAGCGGGAGGCCGGCAAUGCCAAUGCGGCGCCACCGGCCCGGAAACGGGUGUUCUUGUGCCCGGAGCCCAGCUGCGUGCACCGCCACCCCUCCCACGCCCUGAGAGGCCUCGCCGGCAUCAAGAACCACUUCCGCCGCAAGCACGUCGGCCCCCGCCAGCGGGCAUGCUCCCACUGCUCCGGGUCCUACGCCGUGCACGACGGCUACAUUGCGCACCUCAAGACAUGCUGCGCCCGCCUCAGCUACCCCUGCCGCUGCGGCCGCGUCUUCUUCCGGGUGGACAAGUUUGCAAAGCACCAGUACAUGUGCAGCGGCGGCCCCCCACAAGCGGACGUGUCGUCGGCGCCGGUGCGCGAGGCGUUGUGGGAACCGCGGCAGCCGGCGGCAGCACUGUCCCUGUCAAGCUUCCCCAGCCCGUUCAGCGACAUCCUCAUCGACGCGGCAAUGCGGAGCCCGGCCGCCCCCACGUUCCACCGGCUCUUCGACGAGGUGCCGCCGCCCGACACCAGUUGCGUCGGGCACGACCUCGAGCUGCGGCUCAUGCUGCCAUCGUGCCACGCAGCGCCGCGCUCACCGCCGGCGCCCAUCUCCCGGGGAGACGACGACGCCAUCCAGCUGCAGCUUUCCAUGGCCCUAUGCAGCGGCGACAGUUAG